ACUAAGGCCUCUGCAGCUUGAUUUUUUAAUUUGCCACGUUUACAUGAGAUUACUCUGCCAGAGCUCGCUAUUUUUACUAGUAUUACUUCUCCUCGGUUGGAGCCCGUUUACACGUGGAGAACCGUCUUCUUUACUACCGUCAUUAUCUCCUAGUAAGGCCGAGAAACUUUACGACAUUCUACAAAAGGGUGAAGACCACGAAACCCAGUUAAAGAUUAAAAAGGAUCGCUUAUACCAAAGCAUUAAAGCAGUCCAUGGCGAAAGUAAUGAUGAAUUAUAUGCUUUGGCAGGAAUGCAACUAGCCGAUUAUGAAGCUUUCCAGUCCUUUGUGCUGGGUAUUUUACAAGUGUACGAAAAAACUGUCAGUCAAGAAGCAUUUAAGUCCUCGUAUGAUUUUAGAAGCCCAGCAUUAAAAUUAACAUUUGAUUUUCAACGAGCCGUUAAAAUAUCACAUCAACGAUUCAAGUCAGUUGCAGGCAGCUAUACGGACCAUGCUCACAAAAGUCCUGGUAACGAUGAAAUAGAAUUAGGUGUGGAUAGUACAUUGCAUGAAGAAUCGAUGAAAGAAGUUUUGAACGGCAUGUUGAAAGAAGUCAGUGAAAAUGCGGACCAAUUAGAACACGAUAUGCAGCAAAACAUGAUUUUAUUUUCUUCAGACGAUGGUAGAAUCGAAACAGUCUUAAAACUUGGUAAAGAUCGAAAUGAAAACGUGGUUACUCUGGUCGAUCAAGAUAAUAAUGAAUAUGUCAUGAUGAGACCAUCGGAUACAACUGUCAUAAUAGAAGACACACAAUUAAUUCACGAUUUUAUCCUUAUUAUUGUUACAUCAUUUGCAUUGGGCUGGAUGUUUACUUGGAUCGGAUUACCAGCCUUUUUUGGUUAUAUCUUGGCCGGUAUUAUGAUAGGGCCAUCAGGCUAUAACCUUAUACAGGAGCUGAUCCAAGUCGAAACACUAGCUCAACUUGGUGUAGUACUGAUUGUAUUUGUACUUGGCCUUGAAUUUUCGCUCGACAAAUUAAAAAAAAUGUGGAGAUUAGCAUUAGGUGGUGCGAUGACUAUAUUGCUCGUCACGGUAUUAUUCUUUGUAAUUAUGGGGCUGGUAAUUGGUGCAGAUCUAAAAGAGUCCAUUUUUGUUGGUGCUAGUAUUAGCCUAAGUUCCACUGCAGUUGUGGUCAAGUGUAUUAAGCUGGACCAGCUUGAUCAUUUAUAUGGCCUACUAGUAAUGCAGGACGUUAUUUUGGGAUUUAUGCUAGCUAUUAUUCCGGCAUUGUCUAAAUCAGGUAUCCAAGUUCUUUUUGCAGUCAUUCGAAUUACCAUAUCGUUUGUUAUAUUCGGACUUGUCUGCUAUGCUAUUUUGCGAUUAAUACCGAUGCUGCCUCGUGCUAUCAGACGAUCGAUACCAAUACAAUCAAUUGUGAAGAACCAUGAGCUCAUGCUUCUGGGUACUAUAGCCAUAUGCAUGACAAUGCUUAUAAUUUCAGAGCACCUGGGAUUGGGCAUGGAAUUAGGUUGUUUUGCGGCUGGUGUCAUAAUUAGGUCACGUAAAGGCAUGUUCGAGACAUCCCUUACUGUAAUUGAACCUGUUCGUGAUAUGUUUGCAUGCUUAUUUUUUGCCUCAAUUGGACUUCAUAUAUACCCUUCCUUUUUGGCGUCUGAAGCCAUGUUACUAUUAACACUUGCGGGAGGCGUUAUUGGAUUUAAGUAUAUCGCAACAUGUAUUAUAUUGUAUCUAUUUAAAUUUGAUAUACAAAAAUCCUCUACCAUGGCCAUUGCUUUAGCUCAAAUAUCCGAAUUUGGUUUCGUACUUGCUUCUCGUGCAAAGCAAUUAUCGAUCAUCUCAAGAGAAGUUUAUUAUCUUUUAUUGGCCGUUACAUCAAUAACUUUAAUUGCUACACCACUUCUUUUAAAAGUGACUAACAGAACCAGCAAUUCUUCUACACACAUUCAUCACCCUGAAGAAGGACAUGAUAUAAUUGCAAUUACACUAACCGAUGCAGAUAAACUCGCUUAGCACUCUCACUCACAAAACACACAUGUACGCACGCACGCACGCACUUUAUUUAAUUUACAGCACUAUACAUAUAUUAGACAUUUUCUCCUAUCUUAAUCAAUAAAUCCACUUUUUUUUUUGUUCUCUGA